UUUCAGUCUGUGAUUCUAAUUGAAGCUAAAAAGAAACGAAAACCAGCUAAUGUUUCUUUAACAUUAUAUGUUUUUGAACCAGUUCACCUGUCGGCUGUGAUCCAGUCGGCAAAAGUCAAACAAGACACUGGUGUUGUAUCUGUCGGUGUUGGGGACAAUGUGACUUUACAUUGUUUCUAUGACAGCCAAGUGUCGAUGCACUUCUCCUGGUACCGACAAACCUUAGGAAGCAGACCUGAGCUCCUGUCUACGAUUUACAAAUACGACAAACCUUCCAAAGUCUUCCACUGGUUGGAGAAGAACCCUCGUUUCUCUGUACAGAUGAAGGAAAUGAUCAAUCAUUUACACAUCUCUGACGUCCACCUCUCAGAUUCAGCCACAUACUUCUGUGGAAGCUCACACUCCAACAUGGUGGAAUUUGGAGAGGGGGUCUUCUUAAAUGUCAAAGAAGCCAGACUCCAGAAAAUUGUCCAGGGGCCAGUGUCUGAGACCAUACAGCGUGGAGGCUCUGUGACUUUAAACUGUACAGUUCACACUGGGAACUGUGAUGGGGAUCGCAGUGUUUACUGGUUCAGACAUGGACAUCACCAAGGAAUUCUUUACACACACGAAAGUCAGUGUAAACACGUCUCUACACCAGGGUCUCCUUCACAGAGCUGUGUGUACCAUUUGCAGAGGAAGAACCUGAGCUCCUCUGAUGCUGGAACCUACUACUGUGCUGUGGCCUCCUGUGGGGAGAUACUGUUUGGUAAUGGAAGCAAGUUGCUUGUCACAGAUUAUGUUAAAGACCAAAUGGCACAGACGAGUAUCUUUGUCUGGUUCUCCAUCAUUAGAACUGGGAUCCUCGUGUUCUUUGUAAUGGUUUGUCUUUUGGUUUACAUGUAUAAGAGCUGGUAAAAUCUUGGCCUCAUCUUAAUCUGUGUUUCACGUUAGCUCAAAAAUACCAUCAACAUUGUUACAGCUAAAACUUUUAUCCGUAUUAUUAUGAUCAUUCUAUUCUUAUAAUAAUUAAAAUAUCUCCGUAUUAUAUUCCCCUUUUUAUAGUAAUACCUUUUUAUCUUUUAUGUUUUUGUUAUGUAUGUCUUUUAUUUUUGUUUUCUAUCUUGAAGCACAUUGAGUCUAUGCCUGAUGUAUGAAAUGUGCUGUAUAAAUAAACUUUUUGAAACAUUGUGCAUGUCAGGAAAAUGCACCUUUGAUGGUUAAGAGACCAAAAAAGCCUUAAGAACACCUCGACACUUGCUCUCCACGAAUCUAUUGUCUGAUCAACCCAUAAACAUGACUUUAGGUUUUGCUAACCACAGUGCCACAUAACAUCUGUGAUUUCUCUUCACAAGCUGUGUCAUCAGAGAGCGACACACACAAAGAAACUCACUGUGUUGUGGAACAUCAAUGAACUUCUAAACAUGUAGUUUGAUCAUAAAAAU